GGCCGCGGGCGGUGGUGGCCGCGCUGGUGUGGUGCGGGAUGCGACAGACGGUUUGAUUGGUACUAGCUUCGAGCGCAUUGGACGCGAUAUUGGACAGCACAGGUCGCUGACAUCCGAUCAUCGCGACUUCCACUUGAUGACUGCGAAAAUUGUCUUUUGCAGUGUUCUCGUUAUCUCACCAAGGACAGCCGAGCGUGCUGCCGGCGCAUUGCCAUCCGACAUCGACGUUGUUGUUUUCUGGGGGAUAGAAGCUCGUUCCAUUAUGCAUUUCGGAGAUCAACAGAAAUAACACGGUUUGCGACAGACCAGGUGCUCGUACUCGACUUCGAUCUUUCUUGCCGCCUUCAAGCUCCGAAGCCACGUUUGAAGUAGAGGAUAUUCCUGUCCCCAAGUGCCGGCAGAUCUGAGGCAGGGACGGAAAAUAGGGCUCAUAAGCAACUGAUUCGAUCGAGCCGAGCGAUCGCAACCCAUUCGACGUUCAAUCAGCCAUCCAUCAUCCACAUAUGCGAAAGCAAUUCGUCACCAGGGCAUGACAGUUGACGAGUCUACCCUUGGCCAAGACACACGUUCGGCAUCACGGUCAACAUACGGCGGGCGUGUGUGCGCCCUUAUCCGAACCCAUAAGAGACGGCGCAAAGGCAUUAUCUGAGCGAACCUUGUCCCCGGAUCCAUCUUCCCCACGUCCGAGCCAUCGGGUUCUGGGUCGUCAAACCCCGAUAAAGAGACAAGCUGCAUCACCCCGGCAAUGGACCAGCCGAUAUCCGAACCUGCGAGCCCUGCUGCCGCGCCCGACGUCACCCCAAAUCGCCCACCUGCAGUUGUACGCAAGCGCAGCAAUUCCGGCACAGGCGGACUGUUGUCUCGGUUUCCCUUCAUGCGCGCAUCGAGCGACCAGCAUAGGCCCCGCGCGCGCCGCGGGACCAACGAGGACGACUCGAAACCGCCCGCUUCCCCAACUUCAUCACCAACUACCUCGCCACCAAUACCGUCCUUUCGCACGAUCCCGUCCACUUCGAAUACCAAUGUCCGCAACAGCAGCGCUGGCAGUAGUGUCCAUGCCCCACCACCUCCGCUUUCGCACGCGGCCCUUCAACAACAGAUAAUACUGCAACAGAAAACACGGCGGCGUAGGGGGUCGCUGAGGAAGGUUGCUCUUUUGGGCCGAGGAGCUCAGCGUGAAAGGCGGGAGAGCUACCCGCUAAGCAUCAACACACAGUUUGGGGUGGAGGGUGCUAACGGUAGCAAUGCACGCACGUCCGGCUUGGGGAGCAACAUCAUCACGUCAAGUUUUGACUCGAUUGUCAAGGAAAAUAGCAGAAAUAGCGGCUUUGGACUGGGCAUAUCGGGUGUUACGCCCCGGCCAAGUGCCAGCAUGGCAGAGUCGGACUCUGAGGGAAUAUAUACGGCCAAGGGCACAAGCAGCAACAUCACAUCGCCCACAAUGAUCAGCAACAGCACUGAUGACCCAACCAUGACAAGCCCUACCAUCAGCUGCACGACCACCGAUGACGAAGACGCCCUUCAUAUGGCCAGCUCUAGAGGGCCAGGCGUCAUGCCAUCUCUCUCCCGCUCCUCGACCAGCUCUUCUGUCAGCAGUCUCAGCCUUCUUCAUCCCGAGCGGGCCUCCGUCCCCUCUCUGGGUCCCGACUCCUAUUUCUCGACCAUGCCCUCCUCCACCCGCCUUACCCGCGGCCCUCUAAACAUAACAAUCGGCAACAUUAACGGCAGCAGCUCAGCCGCCGCUGCAUCAGACUCAAUCCAAGGCCGCCGCCGCAGCUCGGCUCAACAACAACAACGAGCCAAGUCCCCUUUGAGUCUGACAACACCGAUGCCGUCUCAGGAAGCAGUUUCCGAUUUUGACUAUUAUGACGACUACAGCGAUACCGAGUUCUGGGGCUGGAUUAUUUUGUUAUGCACGUGGAUCACGUUCGUGAUCGGGAUGGGCUCUUGCUUCGGCGUGUGGAGCUGGGCGUGGGACGUGGGGACGACUCCUUACGCGCCGCCCGAGUUCGAGGACGACCCGACACUGCCGAUUGUUGGAUACUACCCGGCGUUAUUUGUGUUGACGUGGAUGAUGGUGUGGGUGUGGGUGUCGGUGAGCUGGGUGGGGAUGAAGUAUUUUAGGCAUGCGAGGGUUGGGGGAGAUUGAAGGGUAUCUGGUGUAAAGAGGAGGGGAGGUGAACACAAAGAGAGAGGAUUCUGGAUGGAGGGUAUGGAGACAAGGUGAAAUGUGUUCGUGGUAUGGAAAUGCCGAGAGAUGAAAUCCUAAUGUCUAUUGUUUACUUUGAUAGGUGAGUUGAAAAGGGGGUUGAUUACUUGGCACCAUGUAUGAUCGUUUACCGCCUUCCAUACAAGUAAACAAGAACUCCAGCAUCCCAAGUAGCUACCAUUCCCCCACCGAAACAGAAGACAUGAAUUUGACUAACUUUCCGAG